UGUUCCCAGGGUAACUGCCUGAAGUUUCUUUUGAGCUUGAACUUUUUUGUUUGUUUUUUUGUUUACAAAAUUACAGAAACAUUUUUAUUUUCUAUACAAGUCGUGCAUUCUUUUGGAUAAUAUUUGUGAAACGAAGCGGAGUACUUUAACGCUAAUAAUAAAGACCACGUAUAUGAGGGUUUUUGGAUGUGUUGAGGAUAAAUAGUUGUCACUUUAUUUUGUGAGUCGCUUCCUGAUAAAGUUCCUCGUUAGCACGAAGGCUAACAUCACUGUGGUCAUGCAACACUGUGCUCGGAAAGACCGGGAGUGGGACGUGACUAAUAUUAAUUACUGUAUGAGAUGAGUUAUAUGACCUUCCUGGAGGUCUUACACACCUUCAUAUUUCAACAAUGUCAAGAAUAGCAUGGUAUCAAGCAAAGAUCGGCGCGUACGACCAGCAGAUAUGGGAGAAAUCUCUGGAGCAGGCAGAAUUUAAGGGCAUGAGAAAUAAGCCGAAGAAAACCGGCCACAUCAAGCCAGACCUCAUAGAUGUUGACCUAGUGAGAGGCUCCACGUUUAGUAAGGCCAAGCCGGAGAGCCCAUGGACUGCUCUGACCCGUAAAGGCAUGGUCAGGGUUCUCUUCUACCCGUUCUUCUUCAAGUGGUGGAUCCAAGUCACGUCCAAAUUCAUUGCCACUUCGAUUCUGUUGCUGUACUUUUUGCAAGUGGCAGCUGCUGUGCUGUUUAUCGAGGUACCUGCAGCCACAGCCAGUGAGGUACUGGGACCGAUGUGCUUGAUAAUGCUAUUAGGAACAGUGCACUGCCAAAUAGUGUCCACCGAGUCAUUCCGCACCCAUGAGAGCAGCCUAGCGUCCAGCCUGACCACUAUUCACACUACCAGCCAGAAAACAAGCCCUUCUAGAAAGAAAAGACAGAGGAAGUUCAAAAAACUGAAAAGAGCAGACCAGGCAGAUAAAGGAGCAUCAGAGCUCAAGGAGAGCAAGCAGUUCUACAUAUCACAGAAGGACCAGAAUUCAAUGAGGAAGCAUGUGGAUGGGCUCUCUGAAGAGCUUUCCAGUGAUGAAGAGGAAGCUGAGGUAGCAGGGAAACCGAGAGACAGACUCAUCCCAAAGCAAUCCUCAAAACAGAUCAAACCUGCUCCUGGACUCAGGAAAAGACUUCAGAAUGCCACCGAGUCUCCAGCCACCAAAAAGCAUCAGCAGCAACAUGAUGAAGGCGCGACAACGAUCGCCACAGCAAUGCCUCCCGAAUUGAAGGCCGCGCAACCCUCUGAGGAUUCUCGGCCUGCCUCUGAUUCAGAUGACGUGUUGUGGGAGGAGUUUCUCCAGGGUUCUGACUCCGCCUCCUCAGUGAGCAGCCAGAGUGGAGAUGAUGGGCUUCACAGUGUUAACCUUACCUUGCCUCCACCUACAGUCCUCAGCAGUGAUGAGGACAAGGCUUUCUCACAGCACCAGUUUUCAUGGCUUCAGGCCUGCCACCCUUCUAAAGACCGUGUGAGCGCCAUUAUUUGGGAGCAGGGUGAGUGUAAGAAGGCUGAUAUGUCCGUCUUGGAGAUCAGCAGCAUCAUCCUCACACAGGUAAAGUUGGUGGAACAGGGAAUGGGUUACCUGGUCUUUGGAGGGCUGGUUACAGCCACUUUGGCCCUGCUGCCUUUCUGUUUCCGAUUGGCUCAGCAGCUUGACACGACCCGUCUGAACUCCAUCACCCUCAAUGAAUUGGUCGUCAUGGCUGCUGGGAAAAUGAGUGCCUACAGCCUCGCGUUCUUCCUUAUCACCACUGUGGAGAGAGUCUUCCUCACCAGUCUUUUCUUUUUCAUGAUGUGCGUCGCUGAAAGAACUUACAAACAGCGGCUGCUCUUCGCCAAACUCUUCAGUCACAUCACUUCAGCACGCAAAGCCAAAAAAUCUGCAAUCCCUCACUUUAGACUGAAAAAGGUGCAGAACAUCAAGAUGUGGCUUUCACUUCGAUCUUUCCUCAAGAGGCGGGGGCCUCAGCGAUCUGUGGAUGUCAUUGUUUCUUCCAUCUUCCUCCUGGCUCUUUCCAUUGCAUUCACUAUCUGUGCACAGGUGCUGAACAACCACUACUCGUUCCUGGAGUGGGAGAGUAACUGGGAGCUGCUGGUGUGGGGCGCUGCGCUCCUCAUCUUCCUGCUGCGGCUGGCCACGCUCGGGGCUGAGACUAACCACAAAUACAGCAACACCUCUGUGCUGCUCACUGAACAGAUAAACUUGUAUCUGAAGAUGGAAAAGAAACCAGAAAAAAAGGAUGACCUCAGCAUCGUCAACAAUGUUCUGAAACUGGCCACAAAGUUACUGAAAGAGCUGGACACACCGUUUCGAUUGUUGGGGCUGACGGUGAACCCUCUCAUCUAUAACAUUACCAGAGUAGUCAUCUUGUCCGCUGUUUCAGCUGUGAUCAGUGACCUGUUGGGCUUCAAUAUCAGACUCUGGAAGAUCAAACCAUGAUGUGAGUCUCUGGGAGCCUGCAGAGUGAAAGUGCCCUGUGCUGCUAGAGGACCAGACACUUACUUUCCUGCAUGUGUGUGUGCAAAUCUACUGGCUAAAUCUACACAUUCCUGUGAAACCUCAUGUCUUGAAUCAGCUUAAUGCUGGCUGCUUUCAUUUAUCGUUUUUUAAUUCCCCUGGCCCAGGUGUCUGCACUUUAAAAUUUGUCAAAAUUAAUUUAAUCUGUUUUCCUUCUUCUAAUUUUAUGAGAAAAUUCUAGACCCGAGACACAUAAGAGGGAAUUCCAUGCGUUCCCUGCCGAUGCUACGUGAUGCUUAGCAUUCUGGAUAUCAUGACCUGGAUACUCAUGCUAAUUAAAUUACUACAUUAUUCACCUUCUAAGUACCUGAGUUUUUAUGCCGGAAUGGGAAUUUCUAGUGGAUAUAUAGUUAUAUUAUUUGACUUUGUUUAUAUUUGUGCAACUAAUUUCUUGAUGUAAUGGGAAAUUCUUAAUGCAUUUCUGUAUUUCUACAAAAUGGCUUGGUCUGAAAACUUAAAAGUCUAAAUGUUUCACUCUUAGGCAAUACUGCAGACAUAGAAAGCCUCACCUUCACAUAAAACCAUUACGUGCUUUAUGGCUGUAUUAUGAAGAAUGUCUUACACAGUAUUUAUGGGAUAUAAGUAAUCAAAUUACUAGUAGGGCAUGUGAAAACGUUCUAAGGGAUACUGACGUAAUUAUGUUGCGUCCCUGUCAGUGCACUCGAUUUAAUUCAAAUUAAAUAUAUUGCAGAAGUA